AUGUUCUUUUUAUAUAUUCUCUUCAUUGCAUUAAUUAAUGCUGCAGAGUUUGACAUAUGCAAGAACCCACAAAUUAUUAAUGGGUCAACUAACAUUUAUAUUGAAGAUCUUAAUGAAAGAACAACCUUAGAUGGAAAGAAAGGUGUUUGGGUUCAAAUUAGUGCUGAAAAGGAAACAGUUGGAUAUACUUUCCACACUUUAGGUCAUGGAGAUGUUAGUAUCGCUGAAACAACAGACUGUUCUUCAUUGUCAGAAGUAAGUCAAUUACCUUAUGAAUUUGUUGUUGAAACAGGAAAAACUCGUAUUUUCUUUGUUUCUGUUCCUGAAACAACCACAGAAGAAAUUACUGUUAUUGCUGAUAAAAUGCUUGUUUCAGAAAAUGAAAUGAAUGCAACUAUUGUUAGAGGAGAAUUUAUUCCAUUGACAUUCCCUGUUCAUACUUAUACAACUGACAAUACUGUUUAUUAUCAACUCAUUGGAAGAGUCAAUUGGAAAGUUGAAGUUUCUGUUGAUGGAAAACUUGAACAAACAAUUGAUUUAAAACAAGAUAGUACUGAACUUGUUACUAUCAAGGCUGACGCUGGAAUUCAUUCUGUUCAAUUUAGUUAUGCUAAAACUAAUGCAGAGUACCAAAAAAUUGAAGUUGUGGAAACAGUACCUUCUGUUAUUAAUGCUGUUUUUAGACCAGAAGCUAUUCUUGAGGAUUCCAUUUGUUUUGAAGGAAAGAAAGUGAUUGUUGGUUAUACAGCUAUUAAUACAGGUAAAGUCGCUAUUAAUACUAAAGCUAACGGAUUGUCUAAUCAAAAAUAUAUUCAAAUUGGAGAUGCUUGUUCUCUUGUUGAAGAAGGUGUUGAAUAUACAGUUAAUGGAGAGUAUAAAAUUAUUCUUGCCUCUGAUGUUAUUCCUUCAGAAGAGUCAUCAUCCAUUUUUACUAUAACUUUUGUCGCUGAUAAUACUCCAAUUGAACCAUCAGAGCAAUCUUCAGAACAAUCUUCUAGUCAACCUCAACCCAUUGAACCAUCAGAAGAAUCAUCAGAAAAACCAAUUGAACCAUCAGAAGGGUCAUCAAGCCAUUCUUCUUCUGUUGGACCUAGUUCAGAUAAUUCAUCAGAUAGUGAAAACAAUGAUGGUAUUAAUGAUAAGACUCUUAUUGCUAUUAUUUGUGUCAGUGUGAUUGUUGGUAUUCUUUUAAUACUUGCAAUCGUAUUGUUAGCAUUUAUCAUUUAUAGAAAAUGCACAAGCAAAAACGAUUAUGAAAAUUUGAAUUAA